GAGAGUCCGCAGGUGUGUGCACUGCGCUGGCGGCGAUCGGGUGGGACUCGCAGGCGGCGGGAGGCACAGGCACGCCCAUCACCCUGGCGGGGAGCCCGGGGCUGGCCUGAGCCGUGCGUGCAGCCCGGGUGAGCCGGCAGGUCGGGGCGGCGCGCUCUGAGUCACCGGAAUGUAGGUGUGGCCCCCCCGCGCGCCGCGCCCCCGCCGCCAGCCCCGGGAGGUGGUGGUGGUGGGGGGUGGCGCGUCCCGGAGGGAGCCGCCUCUUCCUUUAGUCGCCGUGUCCGCGCUCGCGGGGCCACUCUCCUGCACCACCGUGCCCCGUCGCUCCUCCGCACCGCGCCGCCACCGACGACAUGCUGCGCUGCGGCCUGGCCUGCGAGCGCUGCAGGUGGAUCCUGCCCCUGCUGCUGCUCAGUGCCAUCGCCUUCGACAUCAUCGCGCUGGCCGGCCGCGGCUGGCUGCAGUCGAGCACCCACAUCCAGACCUCGUCGCUCUGGUGGAGAUGCUUCGAGGAGGGCGGCGGCAGCGGCUCCUAUGAGCAAGGCUGCCAGAGCCUCAUGGAUUACGCAUGGGGACGAGCAGCUGCCGCCACGCUCUUCUGUGGCUUCAUCAUCCUGGUCAUCUGCUUCAUUCUCUCCUUCUUCGCCCUGUGUGGACCCCAGAUGCUCGUUUUCCUGAGAGUCAUUGGAGGCCUCCUCGCCCUGGCUGCUAUUUUCCAGAUCAUCUCCCUGGUAAUCUAUCCAGUGAAGUACACACAAACCUUUGACCUCCAUAGUAAUCCCGCUGUCAAUUACAUCUAUAACUGGGCCUAUGGCUUCGGAUGGGCGGCCACCAUCAUCUUGAUCGGCUGUUCCUUCUUCUUCUGCUGCCUCCCCAACUACGAGGACGACCUGCUGGGCAAUGCCAAGCCCAGGUACUUCUACACAUCUGCUUAAUGUCGGAGCGAGACUCCAAGAGAAGCCCUGCUGCAAGACGGGUCCUGAGGAGGAAACUGUUCUUCAAGCCACAAGGAACCUAUGUUUGGGCAGUGUUCCUAUGAUCAGAAAUGCUGGAAUAAAUGUUAAAGAAAAUGCUUCGUAAAUAGCGUUAAGUUUCAUGUCCUGUGUAUGUCUUGUGGAAUUAGAAAAGACUUAUUUCUGUUUGCUGAUUAUAUGCUAAUUUCUCCUUACAUCAAAUCUGUAUCAUUUUAACUGCUGUUGUUAAAGAGUGUGCGUGUGGAACUUAAUAAGAUAGAAAUGAAAUGGCUUCUGAGACUUAAUUAUCUGACCAAGCUUUCAUUUUCCAAGUUAGAACAGAUUAUUCCUACUAAGGGCUAAGGAGAGGGGAAGCUAUUGGUAAAAUAAUCUCAGUGACCAAAUAUCCUAAAAAUUAAUGCCAAGAACAAACUUUUUUACGUUUCCAGUUACAUAAAGAUGCUUUCCUAAAUGAUGCUUUCCUAAAUGAGCAUCCUUUGUGGGAAUUGUUAGUCAGUGUUUUGAACAAUUGCUGUCUUGCUUAGCUUCGUAUUGACUUGCUGUGACAUGUGGGGAAGCGUUCCCUUGGCCAAAGCAAGUUCCAAUAGUCAGGCCGCUGUCACUACUGAAAUGCUAUAAUGAAAUUACCUCUUUUAACGUAGUUUGAUGUAGUUUAGCGGGGUUAGGGCGUGGGAAGAAGCCAUAUUAAACCCGUACAGUUUUGUGUCUGUAUGUUCAGAACCAGCAUCGACUAGAUGCAAGGACAAACUAGGUCCGAUUCGUCCGACUGGUGGAUGUGAUGGUGUCAGGUAGGAAGGCACAGGAGGGUCACCACUGCCACAGCAGUGCCCUUCAAACAUCCUGAGGAGAAGAAAUGUCACUUUUUCACCUCAGCCUUAACUGGGCUCUACUGGCAGAC